AUGGCAAAUCGACUCACCAAUGAAGAAGUAAAGAUCGCUUUCUUCUCAAAAGAUGGCGGCGAUCCCAAACCUGUAUCAACCAAAACCUUUGAAAUCAUUGUUUCUGGCAUCCGUCAUGGCAUCGAGCGCUGUGUAGACAAAGGGAGGGAUGUCGAUAUGUACUGUUGCUUGCAAGGAAAUCGGUUCAUUCCCAAUUCUAAUACCAUUGUUCUGCAUAACUUGGACGCCAGCUUGCUUUCAUCCUCCACCAAUGGAAAUCUUCGCUUUAUCACCAAUCAGGGAGGCCACACACUCAACGUAAUCUUCAGUGGAGGCGCCAGCAUUUUCAAAAUGACCUACAAGCGUGUUGCUGCCGCUGCCGCCCCUGUUCCUGCCGCUGCCGCCCCUGUUCCUGCCGCUGCCGCCCCUGUUCCUGCCCCUGCUCCAGCUACUGAUGCUCGCAAGACAAAUGGCUGCCAAGGCAGACGCAGAACUGCAGGAGCCACACGUCCCCAUCCAGAAGAGAUGAUGCCUGCUGAGCGGACUCUUCCUCGUACCCGCCAGCGUCGUCGCAUGCCUCCUCCUCCGCCGAUUGAUUCAGAUUCCUCGGCAGCAGAAGAGAUGAACGAGUUCUCACAGCUCACUGGCCGUGGCCGCCGUUCUUGA